AGCGCCCAGGCCGCGGGGCAGCCGGAGCUGGCUUUGGGGGUCACUGCCCCUUUGUAAGCCCGACGCCGCCUCCUUGUGGGCCGCAUUCCCUGGUUCUGCGGGGCGGGCUGCGGGGCCCAGACGGGAGGCGCGGCCGCUGGGAGGAAGCCCUGCUGCAGUCCUCGGUGGGGCCUGGUGGGGCCUGGUGGGGGCCCGGCCCGCAGCUCCUGCACCAGACACCCACUGCCCUGCCCCCCGGCCCAGGGACUUGGGGAUGCGCAUCGCCACUCCCGCUGGGCAGAGGUGGUUCUCAGUGCUGGCUGCGGCAUCAGUCUGUGACUAGCCGGUUAGCCAGCACUGGGGGCUCCCGCCCCGCCUGGCCCAUCUCCCUGCCUGCUGCUGCACGGUGCUCGGGCGCUGAGCUGCUGUGGGAGAAGCCGGUCCCUUGUGGGGCUGAGUUGUCCAGCGGGCUGAGGCCUUGAAGACAAGUUCAAGGGCUCUGCUCCAGCUCCCGCUGCCUCGUGUGGGAGGCCCACGGCUCAGUCAGGACAGCCCAGUCACCCAAAGCCUCUGCUCCCUACCUGCAUUUGAGGGGAGAGGCGGCCACCGCCCCGCAGAGAGGCUGGAGACAGGUGGCGCGGAGGGUCCUGCCUGGUGUGUUGCCGCCGCCGCCCUGCUCCCCCCCAGGACCUGCAGCCAGGUGAGGCCCGUGACGGCUGCACCGGAGGUUGCUUGCCUAGUGGGGGAAUGAAGGAAGGACAGAGGUCGCUCCUGUAGCCCGGGCUUGGCAGAACGGGGUGGGCGCGUGGCAAAGGAAGCCGGAGCCCGCCCAGGACGCCCGCCGGGACCGCCUGCCCAUGGCCUCUGAGCCGGCUGCGGGGCGGGGCCCCGGGGGGAAGCGCAAGCGGGUGGUGCUGACUCUGCGCGAGAAGAUCGACAUCUGCGCGCGGCUGGAGCGGGGCGAGAGCCGCAGGGCACUGAUGCAGGAGUACAACGUGGGCAUGUCCACGCUCUACGACAUCCGCGCGCACAAGGCCCGGCUGCUGGGCUUCUUCGCGGGCCCUGAGGGCGGCGCGGCGCUGGAGCGGCGGCGCACGCUGCACACGCCCAAGCUGGGGCGCCUGGACCGCGCCCUGUACCAGUGGUUCCUGGCCCAGCGCGCCGCGGGCGUGCCCGUGUCGGGCCCCAUGCUCAUCGAGAAGGCCAAGGGCUUCUACGAGCAGAUGCAGCUCACCGAGCCCUGCGUCUUCUCGGGCGGCUGGCUCUGGCGCUUCAAGGCCAGGCACGGCAUCAAGAAGCUGGACGCGGCCGGCGAGAGGCAGGCGGCUGACCACCAGGCGGCUGAGCGGUUCUGCGGCUUCUUCCGGAGCCUGGCCGCCGAGCACGGCCUGUGCCCCGAGCAGGUGUACAACGCGGACGAGACCGGCCUCUUCUGGCGCUGCCUGCCCAGCCCCGGGCCGGACGGGGCCGCUGGGGCCGGCCUCAGGCAGAGCAGGGACAGGCUGACCGUGCUGAUGUGCGCCAACGCCACAGGCUCGCACAAGAUCAAGCCCCUGGUGGUGGGCAAGGGCGGCGGCCCCAGGGCCUUCAAAGGCAUCCAGCACCUGCCCGUCGCCUACAAGGCCCAGGGCAACGCGUGGGUGGACGCGGAGAUCUUCUCGGACUGGUUCCACCACAUCUUCGUCCCCUCGGUGAGGGAGCACUUCCGAGCGCGGGGCCUCCCCGAGGACAGCAAGGCCAUUCUGCUGCUGGACAGCUCCCGCGCCCACCCCCAGGAGGCCGAGCUGGCGUCGGAGAACAUCUUUACCAUCUUCCUGCCGGCCGGCGCCGCCUCGCUCAUCCAGCCCAUGGACCAGGGCAUCCGCAGGGCCUUCAUGAGGAGCUUCGUCAACCCGCCCGUGGCGCUGCAGGGCUUCCACCCCCGCUACAGCAUCAGCGACGCCGUCCUCAACGUGGCCUGUGCCUGGGAGGCGGUGGCCGGCCAGGUCUUCAGCCGGGCCUGGAGGAAGCUGUGGCCGGCGGUCACGCUGGCAGAAGGCUCGUCCUCCGAGGAGGAGGCUGAGCACGGCAGGACGAAGCCCCCCAGCCAGACUUUCGCCCACGUCAUCGAGCUGGUGAAGGAGGCCCCAGCCGGGCCCGGCGGCAGGCCUCACAGGGGGGCCGCUGCCGAGCGGACGGGGCCGGGGGGGGAGGGCCGCCCCGUGGCCCCCGAGUCGGCGCAGGCCGCGGGGCGGACAGACCCGGUCAGGAGGCUGGGUGGCACGGGCCCUGGGGGCAGCGACGAGGCGGCCUGGGCGGAGGCGGCCGAGUCCUUCGACACAGUGGUCCGCUUCGCCGAGCGGCAGCCCUGCUUCACGGCGCAGGAGGCGGGGCAGCUGCGGGCGCUGCGGGCCGUGUUCGCCAGACAGCGGCAGCUGGCGUGGGGGCGCGUGGCGCUCAGGGCCGUGGUCAAACUCGAGGCCCCCCAGGAGCGCUCCCCGCUGCCCUGCUCGUCCUCCGACAACUGAUGCCCCUGCCUCGGG